UCUUGCAUCAAACCAGCCUCUGCAAAAGCGCGGUUUCUCGCAUUAGAAUCAUUUAUCGAUGCAACAGAACGAUAGAGAUAUCAUAAUUCUUGAUCCUUCGUAAAUCGUUAAGCAUUUUGUGGUGUCAGUUUUCACUGUUAAGGAUUCGAUGGUAUCCUUCAAGCAGAAUUAGCGAAAACAACCUGAGAGCUUUCGUACACUCGACCAUGAAAAUGUACGAAAAUCAAGUGAAAACGAAGCAAGGAAAAAUCGAGUGCUCAUCCACGGAAUUGGACCUGGGAAUCACUUUAAAAGGAGGGCAGAGUUUUAGGUGGUUUCCCUACAACAAUGGUUACAGAGGAGUGUUUAAUGGAUGUGUUUGGACUCUCGUGCAAAGUAAAACACGUUUGUCUUACACUGUACAGGGUCCACUAGUAGACUCUGAAAACUACGACGAGCUUCUGUCUAGAUAUUUCAGGCUAGAUGUGUCGUUAGAAGAUCUCUGCAAAGAAUGGGCUGCAGCAGAUCAGUGCUUUGAGAAAUUUUCAAGCAAGACAAAUGGUGUUAGAAUCUUGAACCAAGAUGUUGUUGAAAAUACAUUCUCUUUCAUAUGCAGUUCAAAUAACAAUAUACAAAGGAUAUCAGGAAUGGUAGAAAAAUUGUGUUCGUUAUUUGGGGAAAAAAUCUGCUCCAUCGAAAACAAAGAUUAUUACAGUUUUCCAUCCAUAGAGGCAUUGACAGGCGACGUCGUGGAAUCGAAAUUAAAGGAAGAAAAAUUUGGAUAUCGCGCAGGAUACAUCGUGAAGGCAGCAAAGAGUUUACUGGAACUAGGUGGAAAACAGUGGCUCUUGAAUCUACAUAAAGAGAAGAAUGUGUCUUACGCUAAAGCUAGGGAACAGUUGAUUAUUCUUCCAGGGAUUGGACCAAAAGUUGCAGAUUGUAUAUGCUUAAUGUCUUUGGGCCACUUAGAAGCCAUCCCUGUAGAUACUCAUAUAUUUCAAAUCGCUAGGGCUAAUUAUUUACCACGUUUAGGACAACAUAGAACGGUUACACCGAGAAUUCAUACGGAAAUCAGCUGUCAUUUGCGCGAGUUAUGGGGCCCCCUUGCUGGCUGGGCACAAGCUGUAGUGUUUUGUGCAAAGAUCAAUAAUAAGGAUGCUUCUAUUAUGUUCGAACAAAAACGUAAAACUAGUACAGUUGAUGAAUCGCUGGAACCAAUGAAUUGUAAAAAACGACAAACAGCAUAA